AUGUCUUCAAACGUAGAACCAAGUCCUCCGUAUCACCCAGCUUAUUCCUCGGCAUAUACCACCUCGGAUUCUCCCCAGCAAUCUAGCCAGGAAGCGGAAGACACCGGUAUAGACGCCAGUCUGUCUUGGAUACCUCAAGGAAUGCCCCAACUUAGACCAACAUCACGCUUAGAGAAACCCGUUGUAAUUCCUCGCGUCGGUACGGCCAGUAAACUUCAGAUUCCGCUGCCUUUCCUGCGGGUCUACAGUCACGUCUUGCGAGCGCAUGACAUCCACGAAUCAGACUUCCUGUCCAUGAUCGACAAUCUUGCUGUUGCACAGGCAGCUUCUCCACCUAUGAAAGCUGUGGAUACGGCGGGAAUGGUGCUAGGCUUUGUACCGUAUCAUUGGGCUCAAGCAGCGGGUUUUGGCAUUCAGGUCGCCGCAGGAGUCGGCACAGCAGGUAUCUCGGCAGCCCGAACGAAGGCAUUUUUCAAGAAGGUAAACGAGAUGUACCUGAAUCCUCGCGGUCUGAAGGUGUCUAUCAAGAAAGAUGAGGACCUGGUUGCUCUGCUUGGUUUGCCUGCAAAUGGACCGGCAUUAGGACCUUCUGAUAUGAAUCGAGAGCCUAUUGCCCUCAGGGACCGGCGCAUGCAAAUUCUUGCACCGCAUAUAGCUCCUUUGACUCUUGAAGUGCCCCCUCCUGCAGAGCAGAGGAGUGUUCUAGACAGGAUCAGUGCACGCCAAGUCUCGAAGCGUAUUGCGAAGCAAGAAAAAGAUUUCGUGAAAAAGUUCGAUAAGCAGAGCAGGAAGAGUGAGAAGCGCAGGAGAAAAGGUAAGGAAGGAUAUAUCAUUAAAGUCGAGGCCAAGCAGCUGGAAGACAUUGCCAAACUACAGUAUUUGGUCAUCGAAAAUCUUUACGGAUGA